AUGGCGCCGGCCAAACACCAACAAACGACGGUGAUCGAGGUAUAUCCCGCACCGGCGCAAGAGGAAUAUGAACUCCCCGAAUACGCAGGCUCAGCCCCACACUCUUUGGGACGAGUUGACGGAGGGUGGGAUGCCUGGAAGGUUUUGGUCGCAGGCUUUUUCUUUGAAGCAAUCUUCUGGGGCUACCCGAUGUGUUUUGGUGUGUUUCAAAAGUACUACUCCGAGAUACCUCAGUUUGUAGCGGAUACAGCCAAGAUUCCACUAAUUGGCACCGUGGCCCAGUCCCUCUACUAUCUAGGGGCUCCUCUCGCAGCCCUGGCGACAAUGAAAUUCCCCAAAUAUCGAAGUCAUCAAAUAUGGAUUGGCUGGCUGAUGUGCAUCUUUGGCCUUGUCUCUGCAUCCUUCACGACAUCUGUCAACGGUCUGAUUGGGACCCAAGGCUUCCUGUACGGACUAGGCUUCGUGAUCUUGUCCUAUCCUAUUAUCAGUAUGAUCAAUGAGUGGUGGGUUUCACGCAAGGGCAUGGCUUUUGGUCUCAUCUCGGCGUCAUCAGGCUUGACUGGAGCCGUUAUGCCAUUCAUCGUCGAGGCCCUGCUCGCCAAGUAUGGGCAACACACAACAUUGAGGGCCAGUGCUGUAGCUAUGGCAGUUUUGACAUUCCCUCUUUUGUUCCUCUUCAAGUCUCGGCUGCCGCCAUCUCAUCACACGACGCUAGGAAGGACAAACUGGGCCUUCAUUUCCCGGCCAUUAUUUUGGGUUUACUCGGCCUCUAUACUGUUUCAAGGCAUCGGCUUCUUCUUCCCAUCAGUCUUCCUCCCAACCUACGCAGCUUCGCUCAACAUUUCAUCCACCAAAGGCGCGUUGCUCUUGUCUACCAUGUCCAUAGCUCAAGUGCUUGGCCAGUUUGCUUUUGGUUACCUAUCAGACCAACAGCUCUCUGUGAGCCUACUUGCCAUCGUCUGCUGCAUAGCCGCCGCAGCAUCAUCCCUAACACUCUGGGGUCUGGGCAAGUCGCUGGCAAUGCUUAUCCUCUUCAGUCUUUUGUACGGAUUCUUUGGCUUCGGUUUUGGGACCAUGCGUGUGGCGAUGGGGCGAGCCGUCAGCGACGACCAUUCCACCGUGUUUGCCACGUAUGCCAUCUAUGUAUUUAUGCAAGGAAUUGGUAAUAUUCUUGUUGGCCCACUCAGUGAAGCUCUAAAUACUUCACCUACCGCUGUCGAACGCUUUGGGAUAGGAAGGUUUGAAGGAAUGGUCAUUUUGACAGGAGUUUCGUCUGUUUGCGCUGCCUUUGUGAUUGGGUCAUGGCACGCUGGCGAAACCGGACUACGGCUCGUGAAGGGGUCCUAG